GGUAAUGUUAGUUAAAAAUGUUUGAAUGAUUGUAAAUAAAUUUAAUAGAAUCCUUCGAAACGUCAGCGCUGGUAUCUGCGAGGUCCGCCAGGUGGCGUGGCGUUCCAAAACCCGGAACGAAAUUCAACAUCUUGAACAACAAACGAAUCAACAGGCUGAUACGAGAGCCCCGACGACUUACGCGGCUCAUUCUGAAUCGGUUCGCGUCGAGCGCAGUGCAGCGGAGCGCCUCGAAGGAGCGACGACUUUUUCCGUGACUGAAAACUCAUCCGAAUCGAAUUCGACGGUGCGACUUCGCGAUUUGAUCGGCCCAUUUUGCACACCGCCGUGAAGUUCGCCGCGAAAGACGUUCGUCUUGGCCGGGCGCCGAUUUUCCGCGAGAGACAUUCCCGAAAAAUAAAAAAUCAAAAUCGUCCGGUCGGGUUCGCGUCAGUGCUGUCGAGUAAAAUAAAAGUUUUUUUAUCGCUUCACAAACACACGGAGUUAAAAAUAACUUUACAUUCGUAGUGAUCACGUGAAUGUAAUAUACACAAAGGAUAGUUAAAAGUUAAAUCGUCAUUGGUUUGGUAAAUUUUUAAGUGCCGACCCGAAUUCUGCGAGUACCUUGCGUUUUCGAAAUACAUGAUCGAGGAAAAGUCGAACGGCAGCGAAACUGAUUUGACUUAAGCGGAACGCGAGAGAACUCGUUCAUUACACGUCCAAUGGUUAAGCUUCUCUUAUGAAGGUGAGCCCGGGGUACAGGUGAGGCGGGAGGAGCCUGGCCAUGCGCCCGGGCCUGGCUUCUCUGCUGGUCGCCUUGCUGGGCAUCGCCGCCGGCGCGACGCCCGACGACGCGCCCCCGGCCGGCGUCCCGGCGCCGCGGGCGCGCUUCCAAACCAGCCUGGUGGUGAGCUACAAGGCGCCCGUGAUGGCGGCGUCGGGGCGCCGCGAUUCCGUUACGCCGAAGAAGAGAUCGACGUCGCCGCCCGGCGGGCUCGACGACGACGCCGGCGGCGGCGGCUUGGAGGCGGUGGCCGACAACGGGCUCGAGGCGGAGGCGGAGGCGGUGACCGGCGGCGCGGCGGACGUCGAUCUGUUGCCGGCCGUGAGGAAUUUGAAGACCGACGGCGGGAAGAAGACGAGGCUGACGGUGGGGUAUUUGGCAGCUAUUAAGGGAUCGAUGAAUGGUAGACAGGGCUUGGCCAUUUCCGGUGCCAUCAAAAUGGCUUUGGACGAGGUCAACAACGAUCCGUACCUACUGCCCGACGUGGUGCUGGACCUGCAGUACAACGACACCAGGGGCGAGACCGUGCUGGCGACGAAGGCCAUGACGGAGAUGAUCUGCGACGGCGUCUCGGCCUUCUUCGGCCCGGAGGGUAGCUGUCACGUCGAGGCCAUCAUAUCCCAAGCCAGGAACAUACCCAUGAUCAAUUACAAAUGCUCCGAUUACAAGGCCUCCGAUGUACCGACGUUCGCCAGGACCGAACCAACUGACACGCAGGUUACCAAAUCUGUUAUAUCCCUAUUGACCUACUACAAAUGGAAGAAGUUUUCGAUAAUCUACGACUACCACUACGCGACGGUGGCGAAUUCGUUGAAGAAAGAAGCGCUCGAACGGAACAUGACCAUCAAUUUCGUGAAAGAAGCCAUGGAUUCGCACGCCUGUUGCCAGAAAAACCUGCCCUGUUGCCAGGACGUCAAUUGGUACAACAUAAUCAGGGACACGAAGAACAGAACGAGAAUUUACGUUUUUAUGGGAAAGGCUAAUGCUCUGGUGGAGCUGAUGGACGCCAUGGAAACCGCGAAAUUGUUCGAAAAAGGGGAGUACUUUCUGAUUUACGUCGAUACGAAUACGUACUCGGACGAAUCGGCGUUUCAGUAUCUCUGGAUGCCGGGAACCUUGAUAAAAUACAGCAACUGCAGGGAGACGGGAGACUUUGAAAGUGCCCAAAAGCGCGCCAAGUCGCUCUUCGUAGUCGCCCCGACGGCGCCCACCGAGAACUACUCGGAAUUCACGGAGAAAGUCCAGGAGUACAAUAUGAAUCCGCCGUUCAAUUUUCCCCCCACAUCCAAAAUCCUGCCGGCCCGCUACGAAAAGUUCAUCACGAUCUACGCGGCGUAUCUGUUCGAUUCGGUGAAAUUGUACGCUUCCGCUUUGCAUCAUCUACUCAACCAAGAGCCGGUUUUGAACGACACCGUCAUACGAGAGGUCGCCAAGAACGGCACCAAAAUCAUCGAAACCAUCAUAGAAAUCAACGGCACUUACAAAAGUAUAACCGGCGCUAUGAUGAACCUGGACAAGAACGGCGACUCCGAAGGCAACUACUCGGUGGUAGCGUUCUCGCUGCCGAAGAACAAGAUAGUCAGAGACAACUUCACGUGCGACUACCAAUUGCGACCGGUCGGCCAAUUCUACCAAUCGUCGGACCUCAACAACUCGUUCCCGCGCUACGAGUUGAACAGCAACACCCAGAUCUACUGGCCGGACGGCAACAACCGGCCCAAGGACCAGCCGAGCUGCGGCUUCGACAACGAGCUCUGCCCCAAGCCCAACACCCAGCUGAACAGCAUCAUCGCCGCCGGCGUGCUCGCCAUCAUGCUCUUCUGCUUCGGCGUCAUCACCAUGAGCAUCUACAGGAAGUGGAAGAUCGAGCAGGAGAUCGAGGGCCUGCUGUGGAAGAUCAACCGCGAGGAAAUCCACAAUUACUUCGACAAAGGCGACGUCGUCGCCAGUCCCAGUAAGUUGAGCUUGGUGAGCGCCAGCGUGACGUCGUACGAGUCGCGGGGCGGCCUGCAGGUGUUCGCGACGACGGCGCAGUACAGGGGCGUCGUGGUGCGCAUCAAAGAGCUGAACUUCUCGCGCAAGAAGGACAUUUCGCGCGACGUGAUGAAGGAGAUGCGGCUGUUGCGCGAGCUGCGCCACGACAACGUCAAUUCGUUCAUCGGCGCGUGCGUACAGCCCACCUCCAUACUGCUGGUCACCGAUUAUUGUGCCAAAGGGAGCUUAUACGAUAUAGUGGAGAACGAGGAUAUUAAGCUGGAUAAGAUGUUCGUAGCUUCGUUAGUUCAUGAUCUCAUUAAGGGCAUGUUAUACAUCCACAAUUCCAUGUUGAUGUGCCAUGGGAAUUUGAAGUCUUCGAAUUGCGUGGUGACCAGCAGAUGGGUACUACAAGUAACAGAUUUCGGCUUGGCAGAGAUGAGGCAAUGCGCGGAGAACGACAGUAUAGGAGAAUACCAGUAUUAUACAAGUAUGUUGUGGAAAGCGCCGGAGAUUCUGCGCCACCCGGCGGCGUACAAGCGAGGCACGCAAAAGGCGGACGUGUACAGCUUCGCCAUCAUCUUGUACGAGGUGCUGGGCAGGAGAGGUCCGUUCGGCGUCACCAAAUACGAGCCGAAAGAUAUAAUCGAAUGCGUGAAGAAGGACGGACAGGCCGAUCCGUUCCGGCCCGACAUCGACGCGCUGUACGAUUCCGAAAUUGGCUGUGAUGAAUACGUUUUGCAAUGCAUGAAAGACUGCUGGUCGGAGAAUCCGGACGAGCGGCCCGACUUCGUCGCCGUGCGGACGAGAUUGAAGCGGAUGAAGGACGGAAAAAACAAGAAUAUUAUGGAUCAAAUGAUGGACAUGAUGGUUAAAUACGCCAAUAAUUUGGAAGAACUGGUGACCGAACGAACGAGGCUAUUGGAAGUGGAGAAACAAAAAACCGAAGAUUUGCUACACAGAAUGUUACCUAAACCCGUCGCCGAGAAACUCACCAAAGGCAUGGGAGUGGAACCGGAAUCCUUCGACCAAGUGACCAUCUACUUCAGCGACAUCGUCGGCUUCACCGCCAUGUCGGCCGAAAGCACUCCAUUGCAAGUGGUCAACUUCCUCAACGACCUCUACACCGUCUUCGACAGCAUCAUCAAAGGCUACGACGUGUACAAGGUGGAAACCAUCGGGGAUGCUUACAUGGUGGUAUCGGGUUUGCCCAUCAGAAACAACAUCAAACACGCCGGCGAAAUCGCUUCGAUGUCUCUCGACCUCCUCAACGCCGUUAAAAACCACUCGGUGUCGCACCGACCCAACGAAGCGUUGAAAUUACGAAUCGGCGUCCACACAGGUCCCGUCGUCGCCGGCGUCGUGGGCCUGACGAUGCCGCGCUACUGCCUGUUCGGCGACACCGUCAACACGGCCUCGCGCAUGGAGAGCAACGGCGAGCCGCUCAAGAUCCACAUCAGCCAGCAGUGCAAGGACGCCCUGGACGCGCUCGGCGGCUACAUCGUCGAGGAGCGCGGCGUCGUGACGUUGAAGGGCAAGGGCGAGGUGAUGACGUACUGGUUGCAGGGCGCCACCGAGCAGGCCAUCCAGAGGAGGGAGGUCGACUUGGGGGAGCUGCCGCCGCUGUUCUGCCGGCCGAGGAGGAGCCCCAAGUUGACGUCGGAGUCGAGGAACGCCUCGGUGACGGGCUUCGGGAUGUACAGCAGGCGGCAUUCGAGCGUGCCGAGAGGUACGAGCGUAGAAGUGGAAAGUACGUCGACUAUACAGAAUUCACCGGUACCGGCGCAAAAUCAGCGUCUAACGCGCAACACGUUGACUGUUCCAGACAGCGUUGGAUCCAAACUGACCAUCAACACAGCCUUCGGUAGCCAGCUGAUCGAGGUGUCCGAGGACCAUCGCAAACCCCGCACCCGCCGGAUGCUAUCCAGCAUAGCGUCCAGCUGCGACGAGCACCAAAAGAGCCAGGGUAUGCUGAACAAAAUCCGCGAAUCCAAAUCGCUGGACCCGCUGCCGUUCUUCAAAGGCAACAAGCCGUCGGAGCUGAUGGAGAAGUUCCUCAACGGCGGCCGCAAGUCGACCAGGUCGCUGGAGAGCUGCGACAAGUGCGGCGAGAUCCAGAUAAUCGCGCUGCCCGAGGACAAGAUGACGAACAACAAUUUCGCCAACGGCAAUCUCAUGGCGUUCCCGCAGGACAACAUCCACCACUACGUGGAGGACGUGCAGGCGCCGCUGUUGAGCGCCCUCUCGCACAACGUGGGUAAUAUUAGAAGGCGCGGCGGCAGCGCCGUGGACGAUUUGCCCGAGAGCGAGUUUUCCAAAAAAUGGAGAUCCCUGGAGGCGGUUUCGACGUCUUGCGGGCAAUUAUCGGACGUGCCGAGCAAGAAAUCGGUGUCGAAGAGCGCCCUGAAAAGCUGGCUGGUGAGCCUGUUCAGCGGCAACGGGUUCAAGUCUAGCAGCACGUCGUUGCGGAAGGGGAAUCUGAACGAAUACAACAAUUUGCAAGUGGAAAAGGAAAGUAUAGUAUAGGAGUUUUUCUCGACCAGUGAUAUUUUUUUUGUAAAUAGUUGAAAAUCUUGUCAAUUUUGUG